AUGACCCGUGAGAUGCAGGAGGGUGUUGAGGGCGUGGCGGGAUGGACCCGCUUCAUGCGCGUUGCGGGUUGGUCCCGCUUCAUGCGCAUUGCGGAGCGGCCAGACGACUUCGGACCUGCAGACUUGGAACAUCAACUCCGCCUGAUGACGGGCGCGUGUGAGAAAAACCCAGCUCGCGCUACUGGCACGCGACGGGCAAUCUCUGGAUGGAGUUCCCAUGCGGAAAGCCGCCAUGGAGCACUUCGGGAAGUUGUUCAGGACGGUGGGCUCGAUUGCUUGCGGAACGCCCGACGAUUUCGGACCCAUGACCUGGAGCAACAACUCUGCCUGAUGACGGCGAGUGGGAGAAGAACCCAGCUCUGCGGUACCAGCACGCAGCGGGCGAUCUCUGGAAGGAGUUCCCUGGAGUGGUGGAUGCAAAGGCGGCAGCGGAGCACUUCAGGAAGUUGCUCAGGCCUAUGGGAUCGAUUGUUUGCGGAACGCCCGGACGACUUCGGACCUUUAUACUCGGAGCAUCAACUCUGCCUGAUGACGGGCGAGUGGAAGACAAACCCAGCUCUGCGGUACCGGCACGCAGCGGGCGAUCUCUGGAUGGAGUUCCCUGGUGUGAUGGAGGCAAAGACAGCCGUGGGGCACUUCGGGAAGUUGUUCAGGCAGGUGGGCUCGGUUGUUGGAUUUGCGAUGGAUCCGGCCAUUACUGAUCGAGAGAAUGCGGAGAAGUGGGCGAAGGAGGCGGAUGAAGAGAACGGAGGGGUCAAUGGGUACGAUGGGGAUGGUGAGGAGACGGCGGUCCAGGAGGAGGCCAAGGUUGCGGGAGCUGAGGAGCACCCCCUCAUUGAGUUCUAGGCGUACCGGACUGUGGAGAGAGAUCUCUAGAUUGAGUUCGCAUGCCACUGGUUUGAGGAGAAAGCGAUCGAGCCAGAAUUGCAUCCGGAUC